AGCAGGAAGAUAUAACCAGGUAAGGAAACAGUGACAGAGAAUGGGUAGAGCAAGUGAGAAUAAAGAAAGAAGACGUGAGAGUUACACCUUGAGGAAAUUAACAAAACAGACGCAGAACAAAGGGAGCAUCACACUGAAGAAUGGGGUUUGUGCAAUACUUUGUGACUGUCCUGUUGUCUGCAGCAUUGGUGCUCUCCUCACCCACGCGGACACGGAGGAGUAUUGGGACACCUAUGUUUUGUCCUGCUGGGAAGUAUCUGAAGACCGAUACGGAGUGUGAACUCUGUGAUCCUGGAAGCUACACAUCUGAGAACAACUGCGAGGAGAGCUGCCAUCUCUGCUUCAGAGACUGCUUAACAAAAUACCACCUGAAAGUGGAUCAGAACUGCACAAGUACAUCAGACCUGAGGUGUGUCUGCGAGCCGGGUUUCAGAUGCACUGACUGGACAAUCUCAAAUAACUGCAGAGAAUGUGAAGAUAUCCAGGAGGACAUAACUGAAACAACUACAGUGAUUAUCUCAGGAAAAGAGACGACGUCGCCAUCUUCCUUUGCUCAGACCGAACCCUGCGUGUCCCCCAAGUGUGGCCCUCAGUUGGACAGCACAACAGCACACCCUAUUGAUCCAGAGAGCACAAACACUCAGCUGGCAGCCGUCUUGAGUGCAGCAGUUUUCUUCGGAUGUGUGUUCCUUAUGAUCCUGAUCUGCAUCUGUCACUCACGUGAUGAAACGUGCUUCAGGCAAACCAUUGCAAAGCUGUGUAAUCAGGAGGGACAGAACACCACCCAGACACUGAAGGAGCCAUCUCAUCAGUUCCCCAGAAACUCAUUCUUUGCAAAGCAGCCGCUGUCAUGUCCUUCAGCAGCCAAUCCGGGUCCGGUCCAUGUCCACAACCCGGGAACAGUCAUCUUUAGCUUGCUAAGUCAGUUCACUGAUUGCCAGAUUGGGUCGACCGUUCCCAACGGGAAGACAGCAGAGACGCCCAACAACGAAGAAGAAGACGAGAGGGACUGUCCUGUGUUUCAUCCAACAUCUUCGCCCAGCAUUCACUUCUCUGAGGAGGAGAGAAGUGGGGAGAUCGACAACAUUUUCUUCCCCUUUCAGGAGCAGGGGAAAGAGUGCCACGUGUCAAAGGAGGAGGUGCUCUGAACAAGAAUUGUUUUGGAGUUUAUCGUUGCUGGCUUUCAAACUGACUAAAAACACAUCUAUCCAAAGGAGGAAAUUACUAAACAGUGAAAACACAAGCGCCAACGAGCAGAGAGGGGCUUCAUCUGUCUCUGGGAAACUGUGACGAGAUCACCGUUGACAUUGUUUCCUCAAGGCUCUAAAAAAAAAAAAAACUCACCUCAACUGACUGCACGUGCUUGGACAAACAGCUGGAAUAUGCCCUCAUUUUGUAAAUUAUAUUUGAAUUUUCUUGUAAAUAUUCCUGAAUAAACUCUUUCAGCUAAAGAAUUGUACUGAAAAUCUAGACACUGAGAGAAAUAAAGCUAAAAACAAAAUUGAGCAGAAGAAAGGUAUAUAAUUUAUUACAACACAUUUACAUUUUAUUAAUCAGAAAAUUCAGCGU